CCCCGCCCGGACAGCCAGGCCACGAGGGACCCAGCAUGUGCACCGGCAGCUGCGCCAAGUGUCUGGGGGUCACCCUCAUCCCCCUGGCCGUGCUGGCCUUCCUGGCCAACGUCCUGCUGUUCUUCCCGGGGGGGAAGGUCAUGGCGGACAACAGCAACCUGUCCGACGAGGUCUGGUACUUCGGGGGCAUCAUAGGAAGCGGGGUCCUGAUGAUCUUCCCCGCCCUGGUCUUCCUGGGCCUGAAGAACAACGACUGCUGUGGCUGCUGCGGAAACGAGAGCUGCGGGAAGCGCUUCGCCAUGUUCACCUCCAUCAUCUUCGCGGUCGUCGGCGUUCUGGGCUCCGGCUACUCCUUCGUGGUCUCCGCCGUCUCCAUGAGCCGCGGUCCCAAGUGUCUCACGGAAAACAGCACCUGGGCCUACCCCUUCCAGGAGGGAAACUACCUCAGUAACCAGGCCUUGUGGACAAAGUGCCUGGAGCCUCCUGACAUCGUACCCUGGAACCUGACCCUGUUCUCCAUCCUGCUGGUCAUCGGGGGGGUGCAGAUUGUGCUGUGUGCCAUCCAGGUGGUCAACGGCCUGCUGGGCACACUCUGCGGAGACUGCCAGUGCUGCGGCUGCUGCGGGGGUGAAGGACCAGUGUAACCCGGGCGAGCUGCUGGCCCGGACACCCAGCGCGGGAAGGAUGAAGGACAGACAGACCCGACGUCCCCGCUCUCGGCCUCCAGCCCUGGCCGUCUCCUCACUGGCAAAGCCGGGGGCUCCUCGUUCCCAAACCGCCUGGCUGAAGAUAGCAGCUCAUUGAACCACUCAGUGACUUGAACUUGGUUAUGUGACCCUCAAACGACCCCCUCCUAGAAUCUAGUAGGUUGAAAGCCUGUGUUUCUUGAUGUAUUUCCCUCCCGAAAGUGCGAAAUGUGUGAACUCACCUUCGCAGUCCCCUGCUCCUUUACACAGAG